AUGCCCGCGAAUCUGGGCGACUGUAUCAAGCGCUGUCAAAGCUUCGCUGACGCGCUCAAUCUCCACGACGCAGCCAGCCCGUGGAUCGAUUCCACCACCAGCCAGGGAGUAUAUCUCUCGAAUCUUCUCAUACAGAUGUACGGACGGUGUGGCAGCGUGGAGCUCGCAAGGGCGGUGUUUGAUUCCAUGGAAGCCCGGGAUGUAUAUACCUGGAAUCUCCUGAUCGCAGCAUAUGCCCAGAACGGGCAUCUGCGGUGGGCAUCUGCGGUGUUUGAUGCCAUGCCCGAUCGAGAUGUGGUGUCUUGGAACUCGAUACUGGCGGCGUAUGUUCGUGUCGGAGAUCUUGAUCGAGCGAAGCAAAUCUUCGAUCGAAUGCCGGACAGGGAUGUGGUGUCAUGGAAUGCGAUUCUCACUGCAACGAUCAGCAGCGGGAGCUUGAUCCAAGCAAGACGAGUUUUCGAUGCGAUGCCCGAGAUGGAUAUGGUGUCGUGGAACUUGAUGCUCACAGCAUAUGCGAAUAACCUGCAUUUGAAACCUGCGGAAGCGAUUCUCCGCUCGAUGCCUGAGUGGGAUGCCGUCUCGUGGAACGCGAUGCUGGGAGCAUAUGCCCAAGGAGGGAAUCUCUGUGGUGCAGAAUAUGCGUUUGCGGGAAUAAGAUACCGGAAUCUGAUCUCCUGGAACGCCAUGCUUGCAGCAUAUACCCAAACCGGGCAUCUGGAAGAGGCACAAGCGUUGUUUGAUCGAAUGCCGGAGCGAAACCUGGUCUCGUGGACGACGCUCCUGACGGCAUAUUCUCAGGCUGGGCAUCUCCAGAUCGCAAGGAGAAUCUUCGACGGCAUGCCGGAUAGGAAUCUCGUCUCCUGGACCGCGAUGCUGUCCGCAUAUGCCCAGGAAGGGAAUAUCCACGAGGCAAGGCGCUUGUUCGAUCUCAUGCCCGACAGGAGCACUGCCUCGUGGAACGCGAUGCUCACGGCAUAUUCGCAGAAUGGGCAUCUUCGUGAAGCCAAGCUCGUCUUUGAUUCCAUGCCCAAUCGUGACGUCAUUUCCUGGAAUGCAAUGCUGGUUGCAUAUGCUGAGAACGGUCGAUUCGAAAACGCGAGAGAACUCUUUAAUUCCAUGCCCGGAAGGAAUCUUAUUUCUUGGAGUACAAUGGUAGCGGUGUGCUCGCAGCUGGGACGCUUGGAAGAUGCCAGAAAGAUCUUCGGUGAGAUGCCCCAUACGGACAUCGUAGCCGCCACAGCGAUGAUCACAGCUUACGCAAACAAGGGGCAACUCGAAAAUGCAAGAUGCUUUUUUGAUUCCAUACAAGAGAAGAACGUAAUCUCAAGAAACGCGAUGCUAGCAGCAUAUACCCAAGCCGGGCAUAUAGAAGAUGCUGAGAAGAUCUUUAACUCUAUGCCCGAAAGAGCGAUCGGAUCGUGGAACGCGUUGCUAGCCGGCUAUGGCCAACACAGAAAAAUCUCUAAAGCAAAAGAAACGUUUGAUCAAAUGCCCGAUCACGACUUAAUCUCGUGGAACGCUAUGCUUGCAGUGUAUGCCCAGUGCGGGCAUUACAAACUCGCGCAAGACUUCUUCACUAGAAUGCCCGAGCGAGAUCUUGUCUCGUGGAACUGUAUGCUCGGAGUGUUUGCUCACAAUGCGGAUCCAAGCGAUGUGCUAAACUACUUCCAGGCCAUGAAACUGGAGGGCGUCCAGCCGGAGCAAAUCUCUUUCACUUGCGUUUUGCUCGGCUCGAGCCACUCGGGCGACGUCAAAGUGGCUUCCAACUUCUUCGUUUCGAUGCUGGGCGAUCACCAGGUCUCGAGAACAAAGCAGCACUACGGCUGCUUGAUCGACAUGCUUGGGCGAGCGGGAUACGUUCGCGACAUGAGAGAUCUCAUCGCCCAUAUGCCUUUCGAGCCGGAUUUCCACGACUGGGCGAAUUUGCUGGGGGCUUGUAGGCGUCACAGCCGCUCGGACUUCGCAGCCCAUGCUGCUCGAUCGGCGAUCAACGACGAGAAUUGCAACGCCGGGCCUUACGUAGCUCUGGCAAACAUCAUAGAACACAAGUUUUGA